AGCGCCUGUUAUAUUUUGAAAGAGCAGCUCUGUCAUCGCCGAUGAAAAAGCUUCUGAACCGAAUUCUCCCCAGUACCACCCCCAGGGGAUGAAGUCAAAAGGUUUGAGUGUCCGCCAUUUUACUUUCUUGUUGAUGAAGCGGGGACGCCAUGAUGGACUCGCAGGGGCCAGCAUCUUCCAAGGGGCUCCCAGACUUGAAUACAGGGGCUAACGAUGAUCCUCCACAGAAUUCGAGUGAUGCAAACUCUGAACUCCAGAAAGACAAAGAAGUGUGUAAAAGAGAUGACAAGAACCAUUCAUCUCAUUCUCUAAGCAAGACUGAAUUAUCAUCCUCAAGUAUUCUUCAAAAUGAACUUCCUGUUCCAACAACAGAUACUGGUUCAGGAGACAAUAAAUAUCAGGAAAAAUUUCUCUCUAAUGCGUCUACAGAGUCCUGUGAGACAGAUCAAGAGAGCUCAGUACAAGAUUGCUUCAUGGUGGACAGUAACAUUGAAGAGCAACUGUCAUCUCACUUGCCCCAUGGGAACAAUGUGAACCCUGAGGAGGAAAUGGAGAUCACAUUCCAACCCUCUGUGUAUGGGGAAAUUGGAGAUAAAGAUAUUAGUUCCUUUCCUAAUGAAGGUGGAGUAAAUCACUUGGAAAGAGAAGCGCUUCACCAUGAACCAAUCAAGUCUGGUUAUAACCUGAUCAGUGUUGAUGACAGAGUGGUUUCUCUAGAACUGGAUCCAUUAGGUUCACCUAACACUGAAUCUGAUCUUGUCCAGUGCUCAUCAACAGCAAUGCAGAGAGGUAGCCAACAACUUGAUGCAGAAGAGGCAUCUUCUUCAUUAAAUACAUCAGUGGAGAACUCUGACAUGGAAAAACAAUCCCAUGAUGUUACUUUAAAGGAUGCACAGCAUGGAAACCAAGAUGAACCAGUUUCUGAAGUCCCCCUAGAGAAUGCUACCAUACUGCAAGAACAAAAUAAAAAUAACCUGAGGGAGAUCACAAUUCAAGUUUACCCAGGUCAUAACUCCACAAUAUCUCUAGUGAACAAUGCAAUCCUCACUACUGACGUUGGUACCUUUUCAACACAUGUUCCUGCAAUCCUAACAGAAGGUGAUGCUGAAGAUAAUGAAACCCAUUAUCAAGUUGUUACAACCAGUUCUGCAAUGCUUAACCAGGCAGAUGGGAAUUCUGCACUUGAUGUGCUGACAUCAUCAGCAGACUUUGGUAGGAAUGUCAUUCUAACUGAACAGCAACAGGUUCUACUGAGUGGAAUGCUUGUACCUGGAGUCACAGCAAAACAAGCAAUCCAGAUAAACAUGUCACAUGAUGCUAAUACUUGUAUGGAUGUGAAUGAAAUUGCCCAGGAUAACCAGUGCCCCCAUGAAGGAUGUGAGUGGGCAUUCACCACAGCAUACAAGUUAAAGAGGCAUGCCAGAGGCCACACAGGAGAAAAACCUUUCCUGUGUACUCAUGAAGGAUGUGGAAAAAGCUUUACCACUGCUUACAACUUAAAAACACAUACCAGGGCACAUUGCAGGACAGACUCAUUCAUUUGUGGUUUUGAAGGAUGUGAAAAGACGUUUCCCACAGAACAUAAAUUAAAAGUGCAUGAAAGAAAGCAUGCGGCUGAAUACAAACCAUACCGAUGUGAAGUAGAGUCAUGUGGCAAGAUGUUUGCUGCUUUUAGUGCUUUGACCUCACACAUGAGAAUUCAUACAGGCGAAAAAUCUCAUGUAUGUCCUGUAGAAGGGUGUGAGAAAAGAUUUACUAAAGCAUCCAAGUUAAAGUUACACCUGAGGUCACACACAGGGGAGAGACCUUUUCCUUGUGAAGUUCAGGGUUGCGGCUGGUCAUUUACCAGUGCCUACAAACUCAAGAGACAUAUGCGAAAACAUACUGGGGAGAGACCUUUUGUGUGCAAUUAUGAAGGAUGUGGUAAAUCUUUCACAAGAUCAAGUCAUCUGAAGACUCACAAGCUUGUUCAUACUGGAGAAAAACCUUACGUUUGCCCAUUUGAUGGAUGCAGCAAGGCAUUCACAGCUAGCAGCAGCCUGAAUGUGCACAUUUGUAAACACACUGGUCAGAAGCCGUUCAAAUGUAACACAGAAGGCUGCAGUAAGACAUAUACAACUGCUGCUAACUUAAGAGCGCACCAAAAACGGCAUGGAAACAAGGCAGUAAGAGUUGAUUUCACGGAUUCGUCUCAGGGUGUUAUGACAGCUGAUCUCAGUGCAGUUAGUUGUGGAAGCAUUUCGAGUGAAGCCGAACCUGAAGUCCUGUAUACUACGAUCGGCGCUUUUCAUUCAAGUAAUUUUAGCCUAGAGGAUGCCACGAGGCUUUCAUCUGUAGGAGUCCAUUUACCGUCGAGCACCCUAUGUGCCCUGGUUACUUCCACAGGGAACCCACUCGUCUCACCUACCACUGAGGUAGUCCUGGAAACUGAAAAGAAACAUUCGGAUGACGGAGAAAUAAAAACAAUUUCAGGAAUCCAAGUACCUAUUACUGUUCAACAAGAGCAGUUUGUUACUGAGGGUUUAGACAACAACUCUAAGAUAGAUGUGUCUGAAUUUGUCGUGAGAAGCACAACUGAUGAUCAAGAUUCUAUUUCGCAGCACCCUGUCCAGGGAAGAGCUGAAAUGAUUGGAGGAGCAGUUUUGGAAGGAAACAAGCUCACUGGCGGGUUUGAUUUGUGUAUUUCCAGCAUGAUGAGUCAUAUAACAAGUGAAACAGGUCAGGAAGGAUCAGGAACUACCACCAAGACUUUACGUUCUAAUGACUCUAGUAAAAGAUCACAAAGUCUUGAUUUCAGAGACGUCCACCCUGAGGACCAGUUUGCCCCACCUGCUGUUAUAUUUCAGGAUGAAAUAAAGUCAUCAGACACCGAGAAUGAAGCUGAGGUGUUGGUGGCUCAAAUCCAACGAUCCCCGGAGGAUGCUCCGACAGUACGACUCCCUAAGGAAUCGCUGCAGAUUAAUUUACCCCAGGGGCUAAUGACUGACCCGGCGGCGGUAACUAUGGUUCACAUAUCUGGUACAGAACACAUGGAGACGGACACCAACGAUAGCACUGCUCACGAUGUGUCCUCGGAUAUUUCUCUGCUACCCAUUUCUUCUCUCACAGAUGUAGGAGACGAGAGGAGAGAUAUUGGGAAAGGGGAUCUCUCCCCUUAUUUGGACAAUCACAGCUCAUCAGAACAAGAUGAAGGCAACUGUGACACUUACCCGGAAAGUACAAUUAACUUGCAAGAUUUGCACUAAUGAAAAAAGAGAGGAAAACAUGACAGACACACCGCUCAUAACUUAGCUGAUACGAAUUUAUUUUGAUACUUAAUAAAUAAAUAAUAAAUAAAUGUAAAGAGGUCUAAAACAUACUGCGUGUUUAUCCGAGUACGGAUGAAAAACAUGAAGCACAUCCUCAGGCGGAGAAUAAAGACAGUGUGUCUUACCAAACCUAAUUUUAACCUGGAAAGCAGGGAUAUUUCGUUCUGUCUUGAACCAUGCAUUUCUGGUGAUGACCAGAAUUUUCAAAGUAACAUAACUUCAUUACUAUUUCAUAAAAUUGCAAGACGUUCACAGGUAGCAGCAGCCUGAAGGUAUACAUUUGUAAACACAGUUUAAAACCCGUUUGAAUGAAACACAGAAUUAAGGCUGCAGUAAGACAUGCACAACUGCGGCUAAUUUGAGAGCACAAGGAAGAAUGGGCCAGUACCGUAUUGAGAUUUGGCUGAUGCCUGGGGUAACCAUGUUAUUUGAGACCUGAGGUCACUCAAAUUAGGUACGAAUCCUGAAACUGUUCCUUUGACGAUAUUUUUCAAUUCAUCACCUUUAACUUAAAAUCACCUGGACCUUUAUGUAUGAGCUUAGUAAGGAAGACAAGCGCAAAUAACGUAUUUAAAAAUCCAACCGGGAACGAGUUUUAAGAUCAAAGAAACGGUUUGCUCAUGAUGACCAUUCGGAAAUUUAUGAGUUGGUCGGAUGCGUUGACGACAGUUCGCACAGUAUAGUAUACUUUGACAUAUUCUCAACAAGUUUAAAUAAAACUUAAAAGAUGCAGCUCGCAAGAGCUUUUAUAAUAUAACCAAAGUAAAGCGCGGGCUCUGAUUGGUCAAUUCAGCGUCCUCCAUUUGCCCAUGGGUGU